CCGUCAUAUUCAUAUAUCGACUGGUAAACUAAGAUAAUAACUCUUUCGGCUGAUUUCCAAUAUUUAUUAUACUUUUAUUAGAUACUUAUUAUUAUUAUAAUUAUUUACGAAUCUACCGUCAUGCGAGUAGUAGCAACAUGUCGGAUUUACAAGACUCUCUUCUACCAAGCUAUUUGUUAGAUACCUCGUAUCUCAUUCGCAUCUAUUUACACCCCAUUCACACAUAAAAACAUAAAUUGACCUUCUUCUUACCCAAACACUUAUAUCAUGUCUACCUUACCCGCAGUUUCACCGGUCAAGUCUACCGUUGGAUCUGCUACAUAUCUCUGGUCAACUCGGCCGACAUGGAGCGAAAGGCUCUCGAGAUUGACCAGCUCUAAGCAGCAUCGCUAUCCUCGACUAAAAAUACCUCCUAGUCGGAUAUUAUCCCUACGCAUUCGUACUAAGACGGAAAAACAAAAGAGGUCAUAUCGUCAUCUCUUUCAAUACGCUGCUCAACAGCGUUCCGACCGCUUAGCCCUAGUGACCUUCCAGGCCUGGAUGGCGAAGCAAGACAUUCAAGAUGAGCCUGAAUUAUUCAAUUCCAUACGCUCUAUCACCCCAUCCGAGUGGGCCGAUCGCUUCUAUAGCUUAGGUACUAGGGGCUGGUCGCGGGAAGACGUACACCAUUGGAUAUGGAUAAUAUCAGCCGAGGACGGGGACGCCCGCGUUGAACGCUUGAUUUCAACUGAACGUCCCAAACCUACUUUUCUUAUCACUCUUGUGGCCCGUAGCAAUGAGACAUUCCGCCAAGGCACCUCUCUACUCUCUCUGAUGGAGUAUGUAUCAAAGCACUACAUGAAUUUUACAUCCCCAUCUCUGCGUAAGGGUGAUAAGGCGGUGGCUCUAUCUGGCCCUGAAGUAAACCUGACAGUACCCGAAUUUUUGUUAUUACUCCGCCGUCUUGUAAAUCACACUCAGCGGUCAUGGCCUAGAUCAAUCGUUUCGGUUGCACGGUUCACGGUGGACUACAUUCAAGCACUGCCCCCUAGCAGCCAUUGGAAAAAGAGUGAAGUCUUCAACACAGCAUUGCAAUAUUUUAAACUACCAGCCGCAAAUCAGCCCAUCACAAAUAUGGAAUUCAACUGGAGAGCCCAGAGGCUCCUAUUAUCCAUGUCCGAUCAUAUGGACACCCCUCUUGUCAUUAAUAAAGCUAGCUACAGAGCUAUCCGGGAAGUUAUGAUCGGCCUGAAAAAAUCAGCAACGGAGAGGGCGGUUGCUGUAAGGUACUCGAAGUCAUGGCCUCCGUAUCGACAAGACUUUGACGGUUUUGAUGCAAAAAGAACGGCAGAAGAUGAUUAUUCGAGAAGCGUAAAAGCGGGUGUUCUCAUGAAGGAAUCGGGCUACACCGAUGACAACUAUGAUCGGGCACUCAGUGCGCUCGGCGGAUUGGGUCAAAAUUCUCCUACGAUUCAGACUCGCAGCCUUCCACCAAAGGAGUGGAAAGGUGAAGAUGAAGAUCAAAACUUCUAUUCGCUUUGGGCCAUGAGGAUACGGGCAACCCGCAACAGCCAGGAGGCAUGGAAAGUUUUCAACGAUGUUGCUGCCGAAACGGAUAAACCCCCUAACACGCAAGUUUACGCCGAGAUGUUUAUGAAGUUACAUGCUCACCCCGUCCACGAGAAUUCAACUGCCUUGCCAGGCGACUCCCGGGAAAACUUCCCAAUCCAUGACGCCAAUUAUAGCGAAUACGAACUGGCUAGGUUGUCCCCUCCCACGGUUACCGAAUUGUACGAUAGGAUGAUCAGCCAUGGUGUGAAACCGGAAGGCCACUGCCUUAAUACCUUAUUGAUGAAUGCCAACUCCCUCGAAGAGGGAACUGGCUAUCUUCGCGACAGCGGUAUGAAUUCUGCUACUAUCAAUGCCUUGGGUUUAUUUAAACAGCCGUCUUAUGACGCACUUCGACGGAUUCCUCUUUUACUUUUCAAGAGCUAUAUACAACUUCUUUGCAGAUUGCAUCCUAACCGUCAGGGCCAAGAAAAGAUUUCCUUGGAACGUCUUUUCCUCAUCCGACAUGCUAUAAAUCUUGUAAAGCUUCGGCUGAGACAUGGAACUACCGAAGGCUCUACCUUUCUACCACCUUGGGUUAUUAUCCUAAGGGCGAUAGCACGGCCGCACAUAUGUGUUAUAAAUGAUUCGCAGGCGAAAAACGAUGCGGAAGCUUUGUCGAUUGCUAUGGAUGUUGUAGAGUCAAUGCAUAAGAGGACAGGCGUAAACGCGGAUGCUUUCCUUUAUUUGUGCCGUGCCGUUGGAAAAGCGGCACUGUCUCGAUUAGAGUCUCAAGAUUCAUUAAGACCCGAACGCAGCACGACCGAGCCUCCUUUAAUACAUUAUCAUCAAGUUUUGGAUACAUUAAAACACAUGUUCUCUCAACUUACAGCACCGUUUAGGAUAUCUGCGUCGAAAUCCAUCCGGCUCAAAUGUCCUGAUUUUACGCAUAGCAUAGGGCCUGCUCAACUUCAUGCAUAUAUGCGCGCUUUGGCUUUCCUCGAAGAUACAGUUACGAUGAAAGAUCUAUUACGGUGGAUACUAACUCAUAGAAGCUACGUGGAUGAAGAAGCCGAGCGAAUAGGAAGUCGUGGACAUGCACUUGUAGCGAAGACUCUGUGCGCCUUUCAGGCUUUUGCCGGCCCGAAUCUUGGACAUAAGGAUCAGGAGGACCUAACAUCUCGAAUGGAAAGUAGUACAGAUACCGGGACUCCUUGGAGAUGGCCAACGCUAGAAGAAGUUGAUGCCUACAUACAGUCCGAUCUGCGUGGAGGCUCUCGGAAACUACAACACAGAAUUUUAGCCAAGUCGUGGCAUGCAUCCUCUAGGGAGGAAAUUAAAGAAGAUAUGGGCGAAUUAUUCACAUAAACAAACGCGCACUAUUUGUUUUGAAAGCAUUAUGGAAUUAUAUGCCAUCAAGUACAAUGUUUCGACGUGGAAUCAUGUUGUACAGUAACAAUACAAUUGUCCCCGAAUCAGUCUUAGGCUUCAAAUUAUGCUAUAUUGUUCACUAGUUGUUUGAACACAAGAGUAUUGAUGAUAGUAUAUAUCAAAAAUUAUAAA